UGUCGCAGCCUCGUAGAUGUGGAUGGUGCAGCGCGGUUGCGCCAUCGUUGGAGCAAUAGGGAGGAGGACAGGGAGAACCCGUGUAGUCUGACCAAAAAGACGGAUAUUCUAGUUUCAGCUUUCGCACUUGCCCGAUGUCGUCAUUGGGAAACCACCAUUGUGCAGCCUCGCCUCGCAAAAAUGGAUGAGCACUGGUUUGACUUCCGGACUGAUGCGGUGAAAUCAACAUUACAGCAACUUGAUGGAGAUAAAUAGAGGAUUCCCUUUAAGAUGACACGUACAGACCCACCUGACAUACUCCUAUCAACUGUGCAUCGAGAUAUUAAAGUGAUUCCCAUUUCUUCCCACUUUGAGUCCUUACAAUGUGAUGCUAUAAAUUUCAGCACACUGGAGGACAGUAAGAGUAACAUCAAUAAAAGGCACUGCCAUACCUUUGACUGUAAGUCAUUGGAUUUCCCAAAAUCACACAAAUAUUCAAUGGAGUCCCCAUACAGGAAGGCUGAUAAGCAUGCAGCCAACCAAGAUGUUGCCUGGAAUGCUUUGGGCCAGCAACAGAGAUACCGCUUUUCUGCUCCAGACAUUUUUAGCCAUAGGUUAACUUCUCAACCAAUGGCUGCUGAUAUAGCCAGUGAGUUAGUUGUCUCUGAACAAAAAAGAAGGACAAGGUCAAAGAGUGCCCCCCGGGUCCAGACCAGUCUCACUCCUGUGUCUUUUGAAGGAUGCUCAUCUUCAGGGAGAAAGGGUAGAGAAUCCCAAAGGGCUGCAAGAGACUCUCGCUGGAGACCAGAAGUAUCCCCACGUAGGGAAUCAUCAUAUGCGGCAACUAGGGCCCAUAUGCAUGAAGUACAUCCCAUUAAGUUACAGCCUCAAAUGGGUGACAGCAGUGGAUAUUCACCUCACUUUGCUGCUGAUAAUUCAGAGGAUGGAGUACUAGAUAAACCAGCAACUAGCCCUCAUGUUAGGUGUCGGGUGGACAUCAAACCUGAUGACGCAGCAUUACAUCAUUCAGGACCGAAACAGUGUAAAUCUCAAGUGGACAUACAAUGGCAGAGGCACCACAGUGGGGCGAGUAGGAGUCUCACUGUACCACGCCAUUUCUCCUACUCUAGAACACCAACUCCCACUGACUCAUUAGGUACAGAGAGUAGGCAAACUUAUCCAUAUUCCCGCAGCUUGCCAAAUAGUUACUUACAACCCAUGGAUAUUCACUCACAAAGAAUGCCCUCAUCAAGUGAUUACUAUGGAAGGGAAAGAAGAGCUCAUUCCAGUCCUAAUGUGCCAACCAAGUUCUUUUAUGCAGACAACCCAGGAAGAUAUGUUACUACUGUUCCUCCUCAACCAAGUUCUUACUUUCAGGACGAACGUUACACACCAGGACAAACAUAUACUCCAAAAGUGCAAUAUGUGCAAGAUCCAAGGACUCGAACUUUGCAUGCUGUAGCUACAAGACCAUAUUAUCCUGAAAUGGAGUCCUAUCCAUACUCUGUGAAGACAGGAUAUCCCAAACCCUAUACAGCAAAUGAACCAGGGCCGUACAUCAUACAGACACCUCCAACUAGAAUAUUUUAUGGGGAUGAUCCAAGGUCUUAUCAAAUCCAGACUGCUCCACCAAGGUUUUAUUAUUCCAGUGACAUGUAUGCAAUUCCACCUGAGCACCAUAUCCCAGCAAGGGCAUAUUAUACAGAGGGCCGAAGACAUGCUCGAGUUGUCCAGGCUCAAACUGAUGAUUGGUAUGGUUCAGAUGCAUCUGGUUAUUCCACCAAUCCUGCCUCUUAUGUAUCUCAAGUCACUCCAACCAGAGUUCAGCAAGAGCCUGUGUUAACACCUUGGUAUACCAGCCCAUGUGUAGAAACUCAAAGAAUUGGCGCAGAUUCUAAAUCUUACUCAAGGUCCUGGGAUAAUAUUCUUAACUAUCAUGUAGAGAAGGAACAACCUCUUCCUGUGCAGCGAGGUCAGAGCUAUGAUGAUCUUCUGGACUCCAGGAAGCCUGCAGAAGCCACAGGUGACAAACCUCAACCAGUGGUAGUUAAUCUCUCUAGUUCCCCAAGACGCUAUGCAGCCUUAUCAAUGUCAGAUAACUCACUCGUUGACAAAAGCCCAACAGAGAUUUCAAAGAGCAGUACCAGUAAACUCUGGUUUGUAACUCCAGAAAUAACAAUCACUGAUAAUGACAUUCGAACAGGGAACCUUAAUAAGGCUGAAGGUAGGUCCGCUAGUUGGGACAUUCUUGACUCCAGAAGCACCAAGGGUCCAGAACUGUCUCACUGUGACUUUGAAAGCUCAACCAAAGAGAAGACACAUGACAAUGCCUCACUGCAGCAAAGCCUAGAACAACUUGAUGAACUUCUGGCAGAUCUUGUGACAGAUUACAAGCCACCUAGUAGAAGGGCAAGCGAGGACAUUUUGGAUCAACUUAAAAAGUUAAUUGAUGAGGAAGAAGCAGUAUCUCUGUCCAGAAAAAGUUCAAAGGCAGGUACAGAGGAACCAGCUCCUCUUGACAAGCAGCCAACCUCAAUAAGAAUAAAUCCUGAUCCUUUUCAAGAGAUGGAUGGGGCCAGUGAUGCAAUGAAGAGUGCAGAUGAGUGCUCCCCCGAUCAGAGCCCAGAUGAGGAUGAUACAAUGAUGUGCUCAAACAACAGAUGUCGGAGGACAGAAACCCUCUUCAAUGCUUGCUUAUAUUUUAAAUCCUGCCACAGCUGCUAUACCUACUACUGCUCUCGAAACUGUCGCAGAGAGGACUGGGACAUUCAUAAAGAAAGCUGCCUGUAUGGAAGAAUUGGAAGCACAUGCCGUCACAUCAUCAAACACUGCCGUGAAACUGUUGAAGUCCACAAAGCCUUCUCCCGGAUUGCCAAAGUUGGCUACCUUUCUCGAGGUAGAGGAGUUCUCUUCCUUGGUUUUCCAAACCCGGCAUCAUCCAGUAAUUUCCUGCAGUAUGGCCUGGAUAGUCUACUUAUGUCUCCUACAUAUCUGUCCCUUCGAGAGCUUGAUAGCUUCAAGGACAACCUAGGGGAGUACUGUAAGGAGCUGCAGCAAGCUGGUAAAGAGUAUGACCCAAAUGAAUGCUUCAUCUUGAAUGUAUCAAUUGCUGUUGGUGACCAAUUGGCUGAUGGGCCAUCACCAAGGAACCAAGCUCCAACUGUCAGAAAAUAUGCAAAGGUUGCUCUGGCUUCUUUUAGCCCUGAGCGAAAGGUUCACAAGAAAGAAAGUGACAUGGAAACACUCAUACUGACUCCACCCCCAGGAACAGCAGAUAUCGACAAAGACGGAGAGGAAGGCAGAAAGGCCAGGGAAAUCUGUUUUAUCAAUAUACAGCGAGAGUUAAGAAUUCGAGGGGUUUUUCUACGCCAUGAAUACCCACAGGUGUAUCAACAGCUGUGUGAGUUUGUGGAAUGCAACAGAAGGUUCACACCCACUACUAUUUAUCCCAUUGACAAAAGGACUGGUAAACAGUUUCUGUGCAUGAUUAUGGCUGCCUCUGAACCCAGGACAUUGGACUGGGUAGGGGCCCCGCAUCUCCUUGAUGACAUUAUUUAAGUAUACCUUUUGUUGUAAGUAUAUAUGUAUAGAAAUACAUAUAUAUUGUUACGCAUAUUUAGAUAUCAAUUAAUUAUAAACAUUUGUAGACAAAUAUUUUGUUAUGAAAUUUAGUAUUAGUAUUAGUCUUUAUCAGAAUAAUUCCUGUCAGGUGGAGAAUGAGUACAGUACACACAAUUUAUUUUAUCUUUUUAAAGGGUUAUGUACUGUUACAACACAUUUCCUUUAGAGGGAUAACAAACAAUUUUGGUUUUGAUUUUUUUAAUUAUUAUUACCAACUACUAUAUGUUCUUCAUAGCUUAGUCUCUUUUAAUUUCUUCACAUAUCUAUACAUACUUCAAUGAUAUGCCAUUCAGAAAAAAACAUUAUUUUCUUAGUUACAUAAGUACUUUCUAUGCAAAGAUGCUAUUUGAGUUAGUACCACAUUCCUGUACAAGGAUUUCUUUUAUGAUAUUAUUUGAUAUUAAAUUAUAUUAUAUUAUAUUAUAUUCAGAUAAAAUGUUGGAACCUUUGGUUGCAACUGAAAUCCUCAUCAUAAGAAAAUGAUGAAAAUGGAAAAGAGACUACUUUAAACAUCUAUAAUCGUUGCUUGGGUAAGAAUACGUUAUUGAGAGUUGACCUUUUCUUCCCUACUGAGUCUAAUGGCAUACUUUGGAGGUGAAUUUCUGUAGUUUUGUAAUAAUGCAAAGCAGAAUCUGGAGCAGUGCUGAACUUGACAGCAACCUCCCCGAUAGAUAUAAAAUGGUGCCAGUUACCAGUCACACAAUGUGUCGGCCUGUACUGUUUAGUUUUCAACACUGUGAAUAGUAAGAGUUAUCUAUUACAAAAAGAAAACUUGGUAUGAUACCAAAAAUCAUGCAAUUUCCUAGAACACUGAAGUUGUAUUUUUCAAUAUGUUUGCAAAUUAAAAUAUAUGAAUUAGGAGCAGAAGUUAUUGUCCUUAGAACAUGUUGAGCCAGAUUUGGCACAGUAGCUAUAUGGUAUGUAAAUGCUUGAAGAUGACAUUUGUUGUGUAUUUGUGCUGCACUAGAUUUAUUAUGUGUGAUUUAUGCUGCCCAUUUUUUUGUUUUAGAAAAUCAGAACCAUUAGAUUUUUCAGUGAUUGAAGAAGUUUUAGAAACAUUUAUCAAUGCAACUUAGCCAUGUUGCCUGGUUCUUUUUAGUAUACUUUACAUUUCUUGAUUUUAUUUUUGUAGCAUCCUAAAUCCCAUAUUUCCUGACAGCAUACUGAUGAUGAUAUGAAACGUACAGCUGAGUAAUUGAAAAUCAACAGUCUAGCUGGAACAUACUAUAUGUUUGAAAUAUUCAAACUUCUCAAAACUGACCUAAUUUAACAAAUGACCCAUCUGGAAGAUGGGCAGGAGCAUUACAGCUCUCGGUCCUUAUCGAAAAUGAAUAAGCUGUUUUCUCACAGUUGUCGAUCAUGUUUCCCCAUUUAAACCUUUUUCCUUGUUAAAUCAGCAUAGCUUACAGUUUUCAAGGCAACAUAUAAUGAAACUUGAAGAAGCACAUACAGUAUAUAUUUGAAAAUUUGUUUUUGGCUGACAGGAUGUGCUGUACAGAUUCAGUGAAAAUUUGCUGACUGCAUGUGAUUCUGUUUUCUAUGCUCUGAUCUCAUUUAAAAUGAUACUGGUGAUAGUAACUUGCUUGACAAAUGGACUUGUGAAAGUGAAAACUACUAUGCUGUGUAUGUAAAAUCAAAUGAAUUUUACAUUUUGUUAGUUGUUCAAAUCAAAAGGCAACGAAAAUGAGACCUCACAUGUCGAGAAAAUCCUAUAAUCUUGUAUUUUUUAUACUUUCAACGUAUGUGACUGAGUGUGUCUAUUUAUAAAACAUAUCUAAUAAAUGGAAUGGAACUCUG